AUGAGGGAGGUGGAUCUCUCCGCUCUAGCCCUGCGCCUCCGUGCUCGCCAUGCCCUCCUCGUCGCAGCCGGGACCUUUCUUGGCGUGAAGCUGCUGCGUAUCGGGAGGUGGUUGGUGUACGGAAGUGGCCGGUGGCUCUGGUGGACUCCGAAGGGCAUCACGCUGCCUCCCAUCGUUCCCGUCUCAAGGUUCCAUUCCUUUCGCCACAUCAGCGUGCAGCGGCAGUUCCCUCUCUACCAAUACCAGUACUUCAAACAGUAUGGCCCUGUCAUCAGGAUCCCCCUUUUCCAACUCGCGCCGUGGGUGUUCGUCUGCGACCCGUCGGUUGCCAAGUUGGUCACCGAGGGCGACCGGUCGCUGGUCCUGGAGGAGUCGCCGAAAGCGCCGUGGCUGUAUUCGCUCUUCUCGAGCUUCACUGGAGGGCCCAACAUGUUCUCGAGGCCGCUCACAACUCAAGGAUCCAUCCCUGGCUGUCUUGCGAGCCGCAAGGCAGUUGCUAGCGCCUUCUCCAUGGCGCAGAUGGAUGGGAUAAUUCCGCACCUGAACAAGUACAUGGAGAGUCUGGGGGAGGUCUUGGACAGGAUGGCGUCGUCGGAGCGAGACCUCGACGCCUGCGAGCUCUUUGAGGGAGGGGCAGAGAGGGAGAGUAUGGGGAAGUCAUUCUUGGAAAGCGUCAACACGAUUGUGAACGAGAUAUCAGUGAUGAGAGUCACAAACCCGCUGCGCAAGUACAUGUGGUGGGCUGAACACCAGAAGAAGUUCGACCGUUCAGGGCUGUUCCUUCGUGAGCUCGGGAGGGACAUUGUCAACAAAUACAGGGCGUCUCACACAGAUGAAGAGCUUGCUCGGGACUGCUCCGUGCUAGGGCACCUGAUGCGAUCUCCGUACCCUUCGGACAAGGAGAGGAUAGCAGAUAUUAUUAUCUUCCUGAUAGCUGGACAUGAUACAACUGGAUACACACUUGCCUGGAUUGUGAUUGAAGUUGCAAAGAAACCGGAGAUUGCGAGGAAGAUACGGUUCUCUCGUUUACCUCAAUUGGGUUAUCAAGGAAGGAUUGCGACUAUGGCCGUUACCAUCCCUGCGGGUAGCACAGUGAGCGUAUCUAACUUUGCGAUGCAUCGAAGCGGCAUUACUCGACCAGACGAGUUUGUUCCGGAGAGAUGGGAUGAGAAGAGCGAAGAUCACGAGAGACUAAAGACGAUCUAUCGUCCCUUCAGCACCGGGAUGAGGAGAUGCGUGGGAGAGAAUUUGGCGAUGGUGGAACUGCGGCUGAUACUGGCGACCCUGUUGCAGAGAUACGAGUGGGAGAACUUAAUGGAACCUCGUCCGCAGUUCUACCUGACGACGAAGCCGGAAGGUGCUGUUGUUAGGAUGAGGAUGAGAGCGUGA